AUGGCCGAUGCUGAUGAUAUUCAACCGAUCGUUUGUGACAAUGGUACCGGAAUGGUUAAGGCUGGUUUUGCGGGCGAUGAUGCACCAAGAGCGGUUUUCCCGAGUGUUGUAGGUCGGCCUAGACACCACGGUGUUAUGGUUGGGAUGAAUCAGAAAGAUGCGUAUGUUGGUGAUGAAGCACAAUCCAAAAAUGGUAUCCUCACACUGAAAUACCCAAUUGAACAUGGUGUUGUUAGCAAUUGGGAUGAUAUGGAAAAGAUUUGGCAUCAUACUUUCUACAAUGAGCUUCGUAUCGCUCCUGAAGAGCAUCCGGUUCUUCUUACCGAGGCUCCUCUUAAUCCAAAAGCCAACAGAGAGAAAAUGACUCAAAUCAUGUUUGAGACAUUCAAUUCUCCAGCUGUGUAUGUUGCUAUUCAAGCUGUUCUAUCGCUUUACGCUAGUGGUCGUACAACCGGUAUUGUGUUGGACUCUGGUGAUGGUGUUUCUCACACUGUACCAAUCUAUGAGGGUUUCUCUCUUCCGCACGCUAUUCUUCGUCUUGAUCUCGCGGGUUGGGAUCUCACUGAUUAUCUUAUGAAGAUUCUCACCGAGAGGGGUUACAUGUUCACAACUACAGCAGAAAGAGAAAUUGUCAGGGACAUUAAGGAAAAGCUUUCUUAUGUUGCUAUAGACUAUGAGCAAGAGAUUGAGACUUCAAAGACAAGCUCGACAAUCGAAAAGAACUAUGAAUUACCUGAUGGACAAGUCAUUACAAUCGGAGCUGAAAGAUUUCGUUGUCCAGAAGUACUUUUCCAGCCAUCAUUUGUGGGAAUGGAAGCUGCAGGGAUCCACGAGACGACUUACAAUUCGAUCAUGAAAUGUGAUGUUGAUAUUAGGAAAGAUCUUUAUGGUAACAUUGUGCUUAGUGGUGGUACAACUAUGUUCAGUGGUAUCGCAGACCGUAUGAGCAAAGAGAUCACAUCUCUUGCCCCAAGCAGCAUGAAGAUUAAGGUCGUUGCACCGCCCGAAAGGAAGUACAGUGUCUGGAUCGGUGGAUCUAUCCUUGCUUCUCUCAGCACUUUCCAGCAGAUUUGGAUCUCUAAGGCUGAAUAUGAUGAGGCUGGUCCAGGCAUUGUCCACAGAAAAUGCUUCUAA